AUGCCGACUCCUCCCUUGGUGCUUGAUCAGGUCUACCGGCGUGUCGAGCUUGAUGCACGCGUACACAGCGAUCUAGCUGGACCGGACGACGACGACGAUGCGCCUGAGCCCUACGAACCGCCUACCCUGGUACCGAGAGCGUUCAAAGAGAAGCCCGAGAUUCGGCACGCAUACCUCAGGGCGGUUUUGGAGAACGUCUUCAACAAGGUUCCGGUGCUCAACGCGUCUAAGCUCCUUUCGUUCAUGCUAGAUAAUCUAUCUAUUGUGGCUCCUCUACCGAUCUAUCCCAAGCCCGUCAAGACCCUUCAAAGUGCCAAACGACGUCUCGGGAUCGACGCUGACCAGUACAUCAUCAAAUACGCUGUUUGUCCGGACUGCUGGAAGCACUACCACCCGAAUGAUCUUAUGGCUCUGGAGUCCCCUAUAUGCACUGUCACCGGCUGCUCUGGCAACGUCUAUGUCGACACAGUCAACGCGAGGGGCAAACACAUUCGCAAGCCCAUCAAAGCCCAUCCCCAAGUGUCCCUCAUUGCCUCGUUGCGUCGCAUGUUCAUGCGACCCGGGUUUGCACACAUGAUCAGGGACAGUCGAGCUGACGUAUCUAAUAGAAACGACGAUAGUGGUUUCAUCAUGCGAGACAUGCACGACGGUGCGCUUUGGCACCAACUCGACACCCAUACAGUCCGCGAAGUUGGCGAACGCGGCCAUGUUCGCGAUCGCCCCGAAGACGGCCGCGAUACUGCACCAAAACUCACAUCACACCGAUAUGGGCUGCAUCUGACAUGCAACGUUGAUUGGAUGGGGAUACUCGAAAAUCGGCCGCAUUCAACCGGUGCUAUGUACAUCGCCAUCAACGAUCUCCCGCGCGACCAACGAUUCUUACAAGUCAACACAAUCUGCCUGAGUGUCAUGCCUGGACCCAAGGAGCCGGACUCACGUCAAAUUAGCCAUUGCAUGGAGCCAAUGGCAAAGGAGCUUAUCAAUUUAACUCACGGAUGCUAUCAGUUAUUAGGUGUUGAUAUGGAUGUGCACGGCGAGGAUGAGCAGGCCAGCAUUUAUGCGGACUGUGCAUGUCUCGAUUGCGACAUGCCCGCAUCCCACAAGUGUAAUGGGACUUCGAGUCACUCUAGCGACAUGCAUCCAUGCCUCUACUGUGAGGCAAAUAUCCUCGACAUCGACAAACCAUCAGGCUAUGACCACACGUCCAACCUCAAAGAUGAUUUCAAGCUUCUACGACAUGCUUACCGUUCACGCAACGCUACCGAAGCUCGACAGGCCCAGAUACUUGAAGACCAUGGCAAACGGUUUGUUGUCCUCGAUCUGAUCCCAGGCUGGCUUCCUAAGACCAAGACGGCACCAGACUUCAUGCACGCUGUCUUCCUAGGUAUUAUUCCCCAUUUAUAUGACGUCGUCAUCUUUGGCGGAUAUGUGAUGACUGGCGUUGGCGGUGCAAACUCGGCCAAGGCUCGGUUCGAGUCACUCAUUAAUUCAAUAUCAUGGCCAAGUCAUAUCACCAGACUUCCCAAGAACCUCGGUGAAAAUCAUUCACUGAAGAAGGCCGACGAAUGGCGUCGCCUGAUCGCCAUCACCCCAGUCUUGCUCUGGUGGACUUGGCGUGAUGAAGACGAUGUCAUCCCUCACUCGGAACCAGUCCUGCCGCCCAACACAACCGCGCCGUCGUUCUCUCGUAACCGACAACAGCUAUACGACGCAAUCUUGCUCCUCUGCGCCGCCGUACGAAUCCUCUCUUCUCGAGAGAUCUCCAUGGAUCAAGCUCGAAUCGGCCAGUCAUUCCUCGCACAGUACUGCGAGCGCUUCAUUGCUCUUGGUAUCCCCCUCCGCCCUAACCAUCAUGUUGCCAUGCACACUGCUGAUGUCAUUCGGCUGUUUGGUCCCGUGUACGCAUGGUGGCUCUUCGCGUUUGAGCGCUUCAACGGUAUGCUCGAGCGCGUCAAGCACAACGGCCACGAUGGUGGGGAGAUGGAGCUCACGCUCAUGCGAGCAUGGGUCCAGGGUCAUCUAAUCUAUGAGUACCUAAUCUCUCUGCCGCCCGGUGCUCACAAACUCGAACGAGACGCGCUCGACGAGAUCAUCAAGACUCAGGCACGCAAUCGGGGAGCUAUGAUGACUGAAAUUGCCAUCUAUCAAAGUGAGGCAGCUGAAGAUAAUGUCCGUUUACCCAGUCGAGCCGCCAAGUUUGUGAACUUGCGCGCAGAACAGUCAAACACCUCGCCAGACCUCUACCGCCUGCUACUCGGAUACUGCAGGCGGUUAUGGCCUGAUCUCAAGCUUGCCAGUGAUCGUAGCUGCCGCCCUGACACGACACCCUUCGUGUCACAUCGUGUCGCGCGUGCUCUGAGCUAUGUGCGCAAGGAUGGCAUCCGUUAUGGUUCCACCACAAAUCGACGGACGCAGGCCGACGCUUUUGCAUUUAUCAAUGACAGCGAUUCUGUUCGCGUCCCGGUACGUAUCCACUCGCUGUAUUCGGUUGUCGUGGGCGAUAAACAGCCGCACGUUUGCGCUGUCAUUGAGCGUCUCGUUUCGGAUGAGAACAUACCGGCCCUCCCUUGGGGAAUGUUUUCGACCAUGCUUGGGAUCUACGUCUGCUAUGCAGACGUCUUCCGUCCCUUUGAGGUCAUCCCAGUGUCGAGCAUUCAGUGCUCGAUUGGCCUUAUCCCCAUCACACUUUGCAGCUGCCCACGGCCAUUGUGGGCUGCCGUUUCAUUCGACCAUGUAAGUCUUUUAUCGUACUUCAAUUACAGUUGUCUACUGAUGGAACAAAAGGCUGGCACGGAGCCAGAAGAAUUUUUUGAGUAG